AUGAAGAUCCACAUUGUUUCUCUCUUGCUUAUCUUGGGCACCGUUGGUGUUGUUGCAACCCCAGCCAACGUCUAUCGUCAUCCAUUAAUCGUUGAUCGGGAUGAGUCCCAUCAUACUACUUCUGCCUCGACUCAUACUUCUGUAACCACAAGCCAAAGUACAACGGAGCCUGUUCCUACCACGACGGAGACGCCUACUACCACGUCUGAUACCCCGCCAGGUACAACUACGACAACUAAGCCGGGUCCUACGAGUACAACUACGACAGAUACAGGUACAACCACUUCAGGUACCACAUCAAGUCCAGGUACAACUCCACCCGGCACAACCACCUGCAAAACAGAGACAACCAGCGGAUCUGCCACCACCACCUGCGAAACCCAGACUAGCACACCAACCGGAACCAACGGAACCAUAACAGAAACAAAGACCGUCUCGACCUGCCCAGGAACCACCAACCCAGGCCCCAUCACCACCACAACCAGUGUCCCCGGAUCCACCAUCGUGCCGCCAGACACCACUCUGUCUACGUCCACCAACACGGGAUCCGGAGGAUCACCCGAGCCCGAACCCACGGGUGAGGAUAAUCCCACUGUGCCUUUGGCGCAUGGGGCUGCCCCACGGAUUCAGGGCUCGAUGUGUGUUGUCUUAGGAGCUGUGACGGUGAUGAUGAUGUUGAUUUAA